AUGGGGUUCAAGGUUAUAGUUGUAGGCGCCGGGCCGGUUGGCUUGGUGCUUGCACACGCGCUCCAAGCUUCCGGUAUCGACUACUUGCUUGUUGAGCAGAGAAGACAAGUUCCCCCGGAGCCAGCUUACGGUGUUUUCAUAUGGCCUCAGAUUAUGCGUAUCCUUCACCAACUGGGCCUCCUUGAUGUCGUCUCGGCUGUCGGUCAACCCAUGCUCCAGGCGAUUCAUAGAUCAAUGGAUGGCAAGGUUCUUCAUGAAGAGGAGGGUUUCCAAAAGCUUGGAGUCAUGUUCGGGUAUUCCAUGACAUUGUUCAGCCGCUUGGACUUUGCGCUGGCUUUGUUAAACGCUCUCCACAACAAAGAGGAACGCGUAAAAGUAAACAAACGACUCAGCAAAAUAACCCAGGAUAAGAAGGGCGUGAGAGUCGAGUUCGCUGAUGGUACUUUCGAAGAAGGAUCAAUUGUGGUUGGCGCCGAUGGUGUCUGGAGUAGCGUGAGAGAUCAGAUGGUAGCCCAGGCACCAAAGGGACUCUUCGACGAGACCGUAAACCCCUUCGAGGCGACUCAUGCCGGUGUUUUUGCCAAAGCAGAUCUCAACCCGCGUCUUGAGCCAGGUAGAAACAUCAACGUCUACCAAGAAGAUUCACAUGUGCAAGUCUUUACCAACAGAAACGAGGCUAUGAUCAUUGUCUACCACCGCAUCCCAGCUGAAAGAAAGAGAACAUACUUUGGACAGAACGAUGCCGAAGAAGCUGCAAAGCCUUGGCUAGAUGUCUCUGUCGGCGAGGGCCUGACUUUUGGAGACCUUUGGAAAAAGAAGACUGCUGGCGGAACAGCCAACUAUGAUGAAGGUGUGCUGCCAUUCUGGCACUGGGGAAGAAUGGUUCUGGUAGGAGAUGCGGCUCACAAGAUGAACCCCAUCAGAGGAGCAGGCGCAUGCUGCGGUAUCGAAGACUCCAUCGCGUUAGUAAACACUCUCAAGAGAGUUUUGCGCUCCAACCCAGACCCAAAAUUCUUCGAACUCAGCCAGGCAUUCGUAGCCUACCAGCACGAGCGCGAAGGAGCAGCCAAGUUAUGGAUGGAGAUUUCACGACUCAAUCUUGAGUUGUGCAUUGGACCUCACCAACCCGCACUGAGGGCGGCGAGUAUCGCGGAUGUAAAGUUCCUGCCUCUGGUCGCAGAUGGGCCGAUAUUGAAUGGCUUGCCGUUCGAGGAGAUGGUUGGGCUUAUUCCUUGGACGAGAAAGACGUUCAAACAACGACCUGUCAAGUUUGGUGUUUAG